AUGGGCGCAACUUCUCCUGCUUUGGUAGCUAGCGACCCAUCCCACAAGGAUGGCAUACAAAGCGCAAGUGCGCCGACCAGGUCAGUCACACUGCGCAACUUCCUUCGGAUCAUGGAGAACCUCACACGCACCGAGUGCGCGGACGACACCGCCACGCCGGCCGCGGAGCUAGCGCGCAACCUGCCCGAUCUAGUGGCGCAGCUCAAGGCUCUUCGCGAUGAUAUGGAGCGCAAGUCCAAGCUCUACGACGCGCUGCUUCAGGCGGUCGACGGCUGCGAGCCGAGUUCCACCCGUCGUGCUGGUUCGUCGUCCGCUCUGGACCAGAGCCAGAGCGGCAUGCGCGGCAGCAUCUUCACGCCCUUCUCGAACUCGCAGCUGGACCCGCGGGCCAGUCAGAUGACGCUCGAGGACCUGUCAGCGCUGGACGAGGCUCUAGACGACACGCACUAUACCAACACCUUGGUGAGUCGCCAGUCGUCCAUCAUGAUGCGGCAACAGCAAAAUGGGUACCGGUAUUCCCAACGUGGUCGUCCACAGCCACGUCCGUCCUAUUCAAUGUCCCAAAUGUCCAUGGGACGCAUGGGCACGGACAAGUACACGGUCAUGUGGGUCAGUGGCGAAUGUGGCAUCUCACUACGAAAUUUCUCACGCAAAGACAAUAAAGUCGGCGCUCAGAUUGCAGUCUUGCAGCAUGCCGACGGUGUCACCACAGGCAUCAGCAACUGUCGACUUGGAGACGAAUUGGUGAGUAUCAAUGACGAACGGGUGGAUAAUCUGAUAUUUCGGGAGAUUGUGGACAAGCUGAAAACUACUCGACGUCCGAUCUCGUUGGGAUUUAGAACGAACCAGAAUGUGCAGACCUCUCCCAGAUCAGCAUCGUCACCGACCGGUAGCACAUCUAGACCGAGUCAUUUCUUCUCGCGUGGGUCGUCGAGGUCGAAGAACAAGGCGUCGCCAUCUCCGGCAGACAGACACUCGGUUAGUGGAGGGAGUCAUCCCACUACGAGUGGAUUCUUUGAUGAUGACGAGAGUAGUGACAUUGUACACGAGACUAUUGACCAUCCGGGAUACGGAGACUUGACGAGUGUUCCAGUCUCGAUUUCUAGGUCGACUAGUGCUGAUUCAGUCCUGAGAUCCAGUACUGGUGACGCUACAGCUACGGUGGACCGCUCCACGACGACAUCGCUACAGUCGUCGACGUCUACUUUGUCAGAGGACGUUGAAGUGUGGUGCAGAGAACAGGAAGAGAUGCAUAGCGACAUUAUCGUGUUGCUGACCGAGACGGUCAUGCGCUGCGAGAAGCUCCAACAGGAGAAUCUGGAUCAACUGCAGAACCUCAUGCAGCUAUCUGCCAGUAGCCCCAGUGACAGGAGCAGCACAGCUUCUUGUUUGGAGAUUGAGAGAUCCAGCAAGACAGACCAAGAAGUGACACUUGAUGUGGACGCUGUCGUGUCGGUAUCAGCCAGCCCCACGACGUCAUCCAGAGCCUGAAACGAGGCAAUUUGGGUGGGAUUCUGGAGCCACUCCAGUAUCCAUAUCUAUGAUAUCUUGCGGGGCGCAUCGUUUUGAUACCGAGCUCAAGAAUUUGUAGCUGCAAAGUGCCGGAAAUGCAAAAUGUAGAAAACUUAGUGCGACAUGGCAUAGAAACCGAGGAAGGAUAAAUAUCAUUUACAUCGUGAAUAAAAA